AAAUUUUGUGGUCAGCAAGUGACAUACAUAAAUUAAUAGACGUAUAUAAAUAUCACUCUCGACGAUUUUGAUAAUAUAUUGGAUCGCUCCUUGGCUGAACCGUUUCCUUCAUAUCAACAUGGUUUUCCCCUCUCGAGUAAGAUGUUACGCCAUGCUGUAUACGUCACUGAUCCUAAUGGCCAUCCUGUGUCCGGUCUGUCCGGCGUCCGUCCCAGAGAAGGUCCGAAGUAGAGAGAAACGAGCCAUCCCGCUCGUAUAUGUUGGGGCCGUUGUUGGGCAGCAAGUCUUCAACUACCUGGUAGCGGCUUUCGGAGCAGCUGCUGUGGCCGCGGCAGGAGUCACACUAGCAGACAGAAUCCGUACCCGAAAUCAGAACCGUGACAACCAUUCGUGUAGAGGCAAUAGAGGGUGGUGUCGGAGCACCUGUUUCAGCCACGAACGGGAGUACAGGGGUGGAAACCUAGGCGUUUGUGGGAGGAACAAGUGUUGUACUCCCAGAUAGAGCGAAGAUCCGGAAUGUUUUUAAACCGUUUUGUUAAUUGUUUGUACAUCAGAACAUCAACAGAACAUAUCUGAUGCAUAAAUAUUGGCAUAUGAAAUAUCCGUCAAUAGUUAAAAUAUGAUAUUUAAAUAAGUUAAAUGUAGUCUGUGAUUGGGUGACUAAGUUCAAUACUUUCAUAGUUAUAAUAAUCGGAAUUGACCGUACUGUACAACUAUUUAGUUAUAUAACUCUUACAGCCCUGAACAGAUGUACCUAUGUUUAUGAGCUACACAUUAAAAUAUACACUAAUC